UGAUAAAUGUAACAGAGAUAAACAUCUCAAAUAUAACCUAAGAGUUUGGCGUUUCGGGGCGAAUACCGAUGGCAUUUUCAUUUAGAGCUGGUACGAAUUGGUGCCAUGAUUUUCCAAAACUUGCUAAAGAAUCUGGCUUUUGCUUCAAUGUCCAUAGAACCCGGGUGAGGGUCGACUGGAAUCGUAUAAGCUCCAUUGACAUAGAUCGGGUGAUCAGAGAAAGAGAUUUUUUGACAGUAGAUGACAACGUCAACAAUGUAGUGGAUUAUUCUCUUGAAACUGAAUAUGAUGUGAAAAUCUUGGACCCAAAUUUUGUCAAGCUAUUUCGACUUGCUCAAUUAUCGGUUGAAUAUUUGUUAUAUUGUAAACAAUAUUUAGAUCACAGCGUUAUUAUAUUAAAAGAUGAACUACGACUGAAAAUUGAGGACAAUGCAAUGCUUAAAGAAGAAAUUAAUGUAUUGCAAGAAACGAUAAAGAGCUUGAAUGAAAAGAUAAGGGAAAGAAAUAGAAUCAUAGAAUCAAAACUUGGAGAUUCUAAUGGCGAACUUUUUAAGUGUCCACAUUGCAUCAAAACUUUCAUAGCUCCAACGUUUGUGAGUGCUCAUAUCGCCAGACGCCAUGCUCAUUUGUCUGAUCCAUACAUGAUGCCUCCUUCUCUACCUGUACACGAGCAAUACCGAGUUGAAGCAGAAAAAUUACACGACGAAAUAAAAACUUUAAAAGAAAGGCUCAAUCGAACGGAAAGAGUGAUAAGAAAUGAAUCAGAGAAAAAUUUUGAUUAUAGUAGAACAGACAAUGGUCAUCGAACUUCGGAUGCUUAUGAAAAAGGGGAAUACACUAACGACCAACAACGUGAAGAGAGAAUAAGAGAACAACAAAGAAAGUAUCAAGACGAGAUAGCCAGUUUAAAGACCAUGUUGUUCUCUGAAGUUAGAAAUUUAAAGCAAAAGGAUGUAAGUGUGAGCCCUAUUUACCAAGUUGAGCGUGAUACGAAAAUUCUUAAUCUGGAGGAAUUGAUAAAGAAACAAGAAAAAGAGAUUCACAUGUUGAGAGACCAGCUACGUGAGCAAAUAACACCAAAUUUGAAGAAUGUACAAGAGAAAUUACAUGUUCAAGAGCAGCAUGAAAAAGUUAUAAACGAACGUCUAGAAAAACAAACAAAUGUCGAUACUGAUUUAUCAGUCCAGUUGAAAAUAAGUCAAGAAACAUCAAUGCAAAUGAAGGAGCUUUAUGAAUCGAAAAUUAACGAAUUAGAAAUCCAUUCAAAGGCUCAAAAUCAAAUGCUAGAAGCUCAGGGUAUGCAGAUUGCACAGUUGGCACAUGAACUCUGGAAAUCUAGGGAACCAAGUCCAUCAAAAACCAAAGAAAAAAAAAUUAAUUUGCAGAGUAAAUCGUCUAGUCAAAACAUAGUUGAGAAAAUGCAAAAUAUUAGAGAGAAAGAAAAUGAUCGUAAGACCAACGUAAAAAAUGACAAACAUUGCGAAACAGUUUGUGACAAUGUAGGGAGCAUGUCUAUUGAUGAAUCACCAAAGAUUUUAACCACUCCAAUAAGGAAUAGAAAACCUUCUUUUCAAAAUGAAGAUAGCAAUGAGCUAUUGACAGGAAAAGGAGACUAUUUUGAGACUGGUAGAGAUUAUGAAAGUGCUAGGACUGCAAUGAAUUUGAGAAAUUCGGAUGCUAAAAAAGCAAAACGAUAUUUGGUGGAGAAUUUGAAUCUUGAGUCUUUGCAGUCCAGUCGGAGCGGAAAGGUGAUCCAGCAAAGUGCUCGGAGAAAUAAUAAACAUCAAGGCAAUGUGAACAUUCGUAAUUUGGAUGGUGUUAGAGCCGUUUUUGACAGUAAAACCUUGCAUUUGUGUUCAAAUGCUGGUUCUCGAAGUAUGAAAAGUGAACAGUCCUUGGAUUUGCCAAAAACUAAAGCUUAUGCACCACAAAAAACUGUGCAAGAGUCUGAGGAUAGUGAAAAGUAUAGUGAAACCGAAUCUGAAUCUAGUAUUUCAAAAUCUGAAACCCAAUCUGUGUCUGAAGAUGAAGUCGAAGAUAAAGAUGAAGAAGACGAGAGAAAAUUAAAUUCACACUACAUUGAAGAUUUUAAUUCCCAAACGGAUUCCAAGGAAUGGAUCCUUGAAAAUUCUGAAUUAUUGCAGGAGUUGAAAGAGCAUUUGAGAGAUGUUUUUGAUGGCAAACUGAAAGAUUUGGGGAUUGAUCCGGAAUGGAAUGGCAUACCAAAGGCAACAUUCAAACAAAAAAUGGAAACCGUUAUUCAUCAUCGGAAUAUAAAUGCAAAGAAAAUAAAUGACUAUAAUUACAUUCGUCAAAAAAUACUUGAAGAAAUUUCGCAAACAUUGAACAAGAAAAGAGCAGAACCAGCCCACCCAAGAAAAAUGUCUUCCUUAGACAGAAUAAUGAGCAAGUUUAAAAUUAAAACCGCAAAUGCACUGAAGCAGCGAACAAAUUUUGAAUUUCGAACACCUAUUGUGAAAUACCCACUGACUAGUUCACAUUCCAAAGCUUCUAAGCCCAUGUCAAAUUUAGAGGUACUUCCAAAAAAAAUGAACGAGACUGACAUUCAUGAAUUGAGAGGUGACAAAAAUUCUACCAUAUCAAGGUAUGGAAAAGAACCGAAACCUCGACCCAGGAGCAGAUCAACUCUAGUCAGAAAUACCAAACACUCGUAUUCACAAAUGAAACAUAAUGCCGGAAUAGUAGAUCAUAAUAAAUUCGUAGAAGAAUUAGUAGAUUCUUCCAGUCUGGAAGAACAAAUACAGUCACACAACCGCAUUGAAUAUCUGUCCGAAAGUGAAAGUACACCAAAAGCCAAAAAAUUCCCAUUCAAGAUUGAAAGUAAAAAGUCUACACUUAUGCCAAAAACGUCUGUUGAAAGUCUUAUUGAACAAUCUUUUUCAUCUGUUAACGAAGAUUCAAAUAACGAACUUAGUGAUUACAAGGUAGUGCGCAGCCUACCAGGUUCUCCAAAGAAUAAUAAAAGUGUUUUGAAAUCGACUACUGGAUCUGUUGGCAGUUUGAUAAAAAAGAAAGUUCUCUUCGAUUUAGACCAAAGUGUAGGUAAUAGUGGUAAAAGUUCAAAUCAGGUUGCAGGGGAUAAUCUGUCUGUAAAGAAAACUUUAUCAGAGUGCAGUUUUGAGACCAAAGAAGUGAAUGACGAUGACUGGAAUAUUUCAAAUAUGUCAGACGAUGAUGUAAGUCCACAAAAAGCAAAGUCUCCAAGCAUGGAUAGUAUAAUUUUAAAAACAUCGCAGAGUAGUGAAAUUGCAAGAAUUUCGAAAAAAAUACAAGACCAGCUGAAUAUUUCCCGCCAGAAACCAGUUGGUGCAGUAGAAGCAAUGUUUCUGGUGAAGCCUAGUGCGAACGGAAUUGAGGUUGAUUCAGAAUACAGAGAAUCUACAAAUAUGGCAAGUUCUAGCCUCGAUAAUCAGCCGAAAGAAAUCAACAAGCAUUUAAAAUCCACCUCAAGGGUAUCAAUGGAUCAUGAAUCUGAUAUAGAAACCGACAUCGAAGAAUUGCUUAAAACUGAUUGAAACUUAUGCAGCCAAAACUUCUUGUAUACUAAUAGUACUUACGGUUGAAUUUGUGUAAAUGAUUAUCAAGCUUAUAUAUUGUAUGUAGCUCAGCUAUGUAAUCUACAACUAUGUUCCAAUGUU